AUGAGAGUUGCGGGCAGCACUAGGGCUGCCAUACGGCAGGUCCUGUUAAGUCGGGACUUGUCGGACCAAACCGAUGCUGUACUUGACAAAGCAGUGCGCCUGGCCAGGCAGGAGCUCGGAAGAAGGCGACCAAGCAAUCUCGAUGAGGAACGUGCAGUUUUUCCAGUCGCGUUGAUGGGCUUAGCCAGCCUCACGCAGCCCGACAUGGACUGGGAAGUGGAGGAUUUCAGCACGCUCAUGUGGGAGUUGUGGACUGGUGCAACGCAAGGCACUCAGUCAGCCACGCGUCUUCCUUGCCUUGCCGAAGAUGACGAUGCCUGGCAAGGCGCAUGCGAAGAGCUUCUCGAGGUUGUCAGGGCUAGCAGGAUUUGGCUCCGGGCCAAAUGGCGUUUGAGAGCUAUCGGAGCUCUGUGGUUUGCGGCUUUGGCAUGCCUACUCGCAGUGCAGUGGGGGACAUGGACGGGCCGCACACGCCUCAUGCUGGUAUGUGCAAGCAUUAUCUUGCCCCUCGUCAGUGAGGGGUUGCGCAGACACUGGCCUCAAUCUAAUGAUUGGUCAGACACGCCACUCAGACGAGGAGCAGAUUCAGGAGAGCAGAUGAAUGACACUGUGAUUUCACCCCCAGCAGUGCCGAGCGAGAAUGUUCACGUUCGCGGAGCUUCGACCGAAUUGAUGCAGUCACUCACUUCCUUGGCUAGUGUACCGUUGCGCGGAGCCCCGCCGCCACCUGCCCCUGCGCUUCGCUGGCGCCCGGCGGUUGGGCAAGCCGUGAUGGUGAUGGACAAGCCUCCAUACCAGGAUUUCAGAAAUGAAUAUGGUGUGGUGACAAACGCUCACGAGUCGGGCUUGGUGGACAUCUCAUUGUGCAGCGGCGCCCUGCUGUAUCAGGUUAGUGGCGAGUCAUUGAAGGUAGCGCAACUCACAGGUGACGAGCCUGAAUGUGAUCAGCUGGCCAGUAUGUGUUCGAAGGCCCUUCUGCCGGAUUCCGAAGUGAGAGGACCAUUGCCCAGAAGUGAUGCCAAGGACAACCUUUAUGCUCCCUUGUCUAUGGCCACGAUCGAAGCCACCCAGUCACAGGCGAAGCUGGUCAAAGGUUUGCUUGUCAAAUGGGCGGCGCGUUCUGCGCUCAUACCCAGCUGGUCUCGCAAUUUCUGGAAGGAAGUGGGCGACAUCGGGAAGCUGGAGUCUCGCGUGGAAGCACUGCUGCGGACUUUCGGCUACCUCGGUGCAGGCAGUGGAACACCCCCGCGCACCUCGGAGCUCAAAGAAAAGCUGUCAGAAUUGGAAAACAGUGGGGCGUUAGCCCAUUCCACGCCUCUUUUUGACAAUGGGCUUUUGGAUGCGGAGAAUGCUGCCGAGGAUGACGACCUUGGUGGUUGGGAAGCAUGCCUCCCACCAGACUUGAAACGGGCUGGACCAGAAAUCUAUGCUUCGUUCCGAGCGUCGGGUGCAAGAAGCGCGCGCGAAUGGUUGAACCAAAUGAUCCCAUUAGAUCGUCGAGGCGACGCGUUGUAUUUGGACUUGUUCAAUCAAGCAUCAUUGGUCGACUUUGCCGUGAAGGACGCCAAGGGUUCGCAGGCUCAGGCUCUCUCCCUGAUUGCCCGCAGCGACACAGCAGAGGUUGCCUUGAGGAGGCUCGCCUCCUAUGUGCACGAGAAGCGAACAGGCGAUCGGGAUGCAGCAACGUCUAUGCUGGCCAUUAAGCCUACGAAUCUUUCCCAUGACAUUGCGCCGGCCUGGUUGGUAUCGGAAGCAUCGUUGUUUGCCCAAGGCGAGCACAAACGCCGUGAAAGGGCCAAGGCGCAGCGCGGAGAGGAGCUGGGCGAGGACGAGGAGCUAAGAAACAAGGAGGUGGCGGCAGACCGGCCGCAGCAGCCUCUCAAGGCUGACACCCUGGCGGCCCCUCAUGGGCAGCUGCUGGCUCAUUGGGGGCGACGCCGCCAAGUCAAACAGCAGAAGACGGAGGAGCAGCCACAGCGCAUGAUGAGCUUUUCCCGCUCCCAGUGCCGCCGCAGCCGUUGUUUCCAAAUUCAUCCUCCGCUCGCGCAGAGAGCUGUGUGGAGACACCUGUUCGAGUUGAGCAGAGCUGGUCUUCGGGUCCGCCGGGAGGUCACUCCGACAGGCGGCCAAUCAGCUGUUGCGGCGCUCGUCAAGUCCGCCAAGGUGGACGUGAUGGGUUAUGCAUCAGUUUCCAAGACGCAUGCCCAAGUGCCCAUGGAAGCAGCACGUAUCGUGGAGCCUUCGGAUGAACACGUGGUCGACAUGUUACAAGCAUUGCCAUGUGAUGAAAGCCAGUUUUAUUCCCACGAAGAGAAUGUCAUUGAUCAUAUCGGAAAGAGCAUAGUUAUCCAACACGAGCUGGAACAGCAAUAUGCGUUUGUAGGCGGUUGCUUGGACGAAUAUGUGAGUUACUUUCACCGCCAGGAUGUUCCUGCCAGCAUGUGGGAGUGGAGGCUCUUCCGUGAUGUCAAGGCAGUCGCUGGUUUUUCGGUGGUUCCAAAAAAAGAUGGUAUCUCUCAACGCAAGCUUUUGAUGUGUUGCUCUUUCAAUUACCUUCUCACUGAUCCGCGGCAUCGUUCCGCCCUAGGGAUGCAAGGGGCGGGGGCGCUUAAUCGUGUCCAUGUAGCAACGGGAGAGACGCUGGAGCUUGCAACGUGUGACCAGUCCAAUGCGUUCACGCAAGUCGCAGUACCGGCAUGGAUGAGUCCGUACUUAGCUACGCCUCCGAUUGUUGCUGCGCUCGUGUGGGAUGUGUUGCCCAAAGGCUUGCAGGAGACCAUUUGCGCGACGGAUUUGGUUUCGCCCUGUUACAGGCGCCUGCCCAUGGGAUGUAGCCAUUCUGUCCAUAUUUUGAUGAUGAUCAAUUUGCAGGCCAUAGGGCGAGCAAUGCGAGCAAAUUCCUUGAUCAGCACAGGCCAAAGCGACACCAAGUUGGAUCCAGAGGCCAUUGAUCCCCUUGAAACCCCAAAUGAAGAGCGCAUUCUAUUUGGUUGCACGGAUGAUGAGUGGUGGUCACGUUUCCAGGUCGGGGCGGGACAACGCUUCGAGUCCGGCUACUCAGUUCAGGAGUGGUGGGAUGCUAUCCGUGCCGCACGGUCGGCGAACCAUCGCACGGUUGUGGUCAUGAAUUUCUUCGGAGGGGAGCGCAGAGAGGGUGAUGUGCAGGAUCAUGUUGAACGACUCGCCGCCGAAAAGGGACUCCAGGUGAUGAUGAUCACGAUUGACUUGGGUUGUGAUGCUCGUUGGGAUGUUGCGCAGCCGGACACUUUCCAUGAGAUCAUGCGGAUGUUGGAAGGCUUCGUUGACAUCAUAAUCGGAGGUCCCCCAUGUUCUACUGUUUCCCGGGCCAGACACAAGCGUGAACGGAGAAGUGACUCUUUGUGCUACCCGAGGCCGCUGCGCCUUCGGUGCUGCCCUUGGGGUCGUUCUGGCCUCACCAUCGCUGAAGAAGGGAGGUUGCGAGAAGCUAACCGCUUAUGGCUUCACUUCAUGAUGGCGUGCGAGAAAGUUUCUGCGCGAGGUGGUUGUCACUUGUGGGAGCAUCCCGAGGAUCCGGGGGUGGAGCCAUACCCUUCGAUAUGGAUCACGCCAGAGAUGAUCCAGUUGGAGUCCCGUACGAAGGCCAAGCGAGUUUCAUUUGAUCAGUGUGUCUUUGGCGCGCCAAUAAGGAAAGGUACUACUUUUUCAGGAACUUUGGAUGGCAUCGAGGUUUUUGGCCGAUGCCGGUGUCCGGGGGUUAGCUCGGGGCACAAUCAUGCUGAGCAUGCUACAGGGCUUGAUGAGCGAGGCUGUUUCCGUACGAGACGAUUGCAAACAUAUCCGCCCGCCAUGUGCGAGUUGCUGGCCAGGUGCAUCGUAGCUUGUGCUGAACGUAUGGUAGGGGAAGGCUCGGGCCCUACUGGCUUCUUGCUACCGCAGGGCGUCCAAGCAGUCCCUACAGCGUGGUCUUUUUCGCAUUCGCCAUUGCUUUUGCCUGGAGUGGACAUCUUGAAUGAACAGGUUGUGCAUGGUCGCCGCACCCUCGUCUCUUCAACGCAGGCGGGCGUUUAUUUGCACGUGGAUGACACAUUGACGUUCAGCACUAAAUCCUGCACAGCUUCUGCAAACAGCAUGAUGCAUUGCAUUGCGGAUGGUAUGGAAAGUAUUGGGUUCUCGGUACCGGAAAGAGUGUCGCCUAAUGAAGUUGAAAAGGUGAUUGGAUAUGCUUGGGAGCCUGGCACGGCGACCUUCAGUUUGCCUCCUAAGAAGCGGGUUUUGUUGCCGCUUGCCUUACGAGCAUUGGCUGCCCAGCGCAUGGUGGAGGUCAAAGUUCUUCGAGCUGUAGUGGGCCUCUGGUCUUUCGGAGCGCAGCUGAGGCGAGAACUAUAUUCAGUACCUUUUGUAGUGUACAACUUCAUCGAUAAGUUCGAUGGAUCAACGGUCAGGCUGUGGCCAUCGGUGCGCCAAGAACUCAUUCACAUGGCGACUGCUGUUGAUUUCAUGUUUUUGAAUGUGGGUAUGCCCUUUUCGGCGGAUUUACUGGCCACAGAUGCCAUGGGGCAAAACGAACUUGAUCAUGGUGGUUAUGGCAUUUGCCUGACUAAGGUCAGUGAAGCUGAGCUGGAAGCACUGAGAGCAAAUUCAGAGCAGCUGGGUUUGGCGCUAAACUUGCAUGACGAUGUUGUUGACGGCAUGCCUUUUCCAGAGAGAGCUUUGACACCAACAAUCCCGUUUUCAUUGCUUCCAGCUGCUUUGUCUUGCGAAUCCCGAUGGGAAGUGGUUUUGCAAGGUCGGUGGAAGGCCGCUGAUCAUAUUAGCAUAGGAGAAACACGGGCUGUGUGGAAAGCACUCCGCUGGGAUCCGUUUGCUUCUACCUUGGGUGGAGACGUCUCGCAUGCCCGCGGAUCAUGCCUCAAGGAUUCAAGCAUGAGUGGAGGGCAAUCGGCCUUCGCAUGUUUACCGCGUGUGCUGGACCCACAUCAUAUAGCUUCAGUCAAAGCCUCCACAUUCAGGUGCUAUCAGCAGUGCCUCCGGUUGUUUGUCAUUUUCUUGAUAGAGUCGGGCGCAAAUCCUGGCUCAGCCGCAGAGCUGGACCUUUUGAUUUUGCAAUACAAGGCUUCCUGUCACUUAUCACACUCCAAGCUUGAACAAUUGAUCGCAGCGCUGGAGUUUCAUCUUUUGCCCCUGAAGGGCCUACUGCCUUAUUCCAAGCGUGUUGCAAAGGGUUUGUGCAGGGUGACAUCAAUCAGGCAUACUUUACCUUUGCUUUCGGGGCCAGCCAAGUUGUUUGGAGUGCUCUUUGUGGCGGCAGGCUUCCCUUGUUUGGCAAUUGGGCUUGUGGUCCAGUGCUUGACGGGGCUUCGUCCGAGUGAGCUGCUCGGACUGCGCGAGCAGGAUGUUCUCAGGCCAACCGCUGCUUGUCCAAAGUUUGUAUUUCGUUUGGGAGUGGGCUGCGGUACAAAAGUCCGGCGUGAGCAAGUUGCAUCUCUUCAUUGGGGCCGUGAUCCAGUGGUGGCUCGUGUGCUUCAGCAACUGUUGUACGAAGCGGAGCCUGAAAGCUAUUUGUUCAAUGUUUCGUACGCUCAAUAUCGUGGACUUUUGGCCCGAGCGGAGGCGUAUCUGGGGCUGGAGAAGCUCUUCACUCCACACUCUCCUCGAGCCGGCUUUGCGACUGAGGAGUUUACACGGGACUGCGGCGUGGCGGACAUCCGACAAAGGGGGCGUUGGGCGUCGGAACAGUCCUUCAAAACGUACCUCGACAUUGUGUCCGCCUCGCAGGUUCAAGCGGCUUUUCACUUACGGGGAGUCAUGGCUCCCGCCCUGCUGGACUUUGAUGGCGUCGAAGUCCCAGUACCGCGCCGGCUACGACCUUCCAGGGCGCACACGCCAGGGCCCACACUCCGCCGAGCCGCCUCGCGUCCGCCAACCUCUGGUGGUCUUCAAGCGCGGGCGGCUCCUGCGGUCCCCUCCACCGCUGUGCGUCGCACUCCGCGCGGCCUGAUGCGCUCACGUGUGAAGCGCUGGUGGGCCCGGUUUGCAGCUUUUGGCAGGAACGGAGCUUUUUGGUUGUGCAUGCUGUUGCUCAUCACGCAAUGUUCCCAGUGGGGCUUUGUUGAGCAAGUGACGCGCCUAGUCUCCUCCGUCGCCUUGGUGUCGGAGCGUGCCUCGGUGGCGGCGGCCGUGGUGUUGGAUCACGGUACGGAGUUUGCCUCGACUACAUCUUCGGCCGUGUUAGCCUUCACCUCCGGCUCCUUGGAUCUCAUCCGCACAGCGUGGUUGGGCGUGGACCUGCUCGAUCUCCACUGCACCUCCACUGAGGGGUCGGUCAUGGGCGCUCACGGCGCCGUUCUGGUGGAGUGGCUUCAUUCGCUACACGGCCAGUCCGCUAUUCGAACCAAUCGCUCAGAAGCUCUCGCUCUUUGGGCAUCUUUGGUGUCUUCCGUGGGCAUCUCAUUGCCGUACGUCGCCUCCACUGCUGCGGAUUUGGAGGUACACGGGUUGUAUUGGUCGGCGACAGGUUCGGCUUAUGUGCUGCCCAGCGGGUAUCUCAUGUUUGCAUUUCGCUACGUUGAGGUGCGGUUUGUGGCUCAGUGGGCCAAUCCGCUAUGGCAAGCCCUGAACGUCAGCAUCACCACUCAGCAUGACCAGAUUCAGCGCCUGAUUGGGAACAUCACCGCUUCCCUGCCGGCCUCUUCCAAUUUACAUGAGCAAGCGGCCAUGGUGGAUGUUUCGUGGAUGCCGCCUUCCAGGCGCUGCUGGUUAUCUGUUCAGGUGGCUUUCCGCGCUGUGGUUAUGCACUUACGGGCUUGGUGUCCUGGUUGGGCCACCUUGCGGGGAGGGGGGCUCAUGGUGUUUGUAUCGUUGAUGAUUUUGCUGCGGAGCAACACCUUCAACCCUUUCCGAAUUUUCAAUGGCAGAAUGCAGGCGGUAUGGCGCGAAAGGACUGUCUUUGUUACGGUUACAAGAAGAUGGGCCGGAGCUUUGCUCAGGCAGUUGCAAUUCACCAAUGUGCGGGAACAUGUUGGAUGA